AUGUAUAGAAAGGCUGGGAUUGCAUCAAUUAAAAGCAAAUCGCUUGCUCAAUCGAAGUACAAAGAAAAAAGUGAUGAGUUAGCAGGAAAUCAGAUAGCAACACUAUUACGACAGUUUGAACAAGUUCGUCAGUCGCUUGAAUUAUUUGCUAGCAAACACGGGAACAAGAUUAAAGAGGACCCACAGUUACGUUCACAAUUUCAAGCAAUGUGUAGUAGUAUUGGUGUUGACCCUAUAGCCUACAGUCGUGGGUGUUGGUCAGAAACAUUAGGUCUGGGAGAAUUUUACUACCAUCUAGGUGUGAAAAUUAUUGAGGUAUGCAUGGCUAACCAAAAACACACUGGAGGCAUUAUACCUCUGCAUGAAUUGGUGUGUCUGUUAAACAAAAACAGGACACGAUAUGAGUCUGAAGUUAGUGCUGAUGACGUAAAAAGGUCUAUCAAAAAACUGCGUUGUCUAGGAACAGGGUUCAGUCUUAUUAGUCUAUCUGGUGGUCGGUUGUUGGUCCAGUCGGUUCCAGGUGAAAUGAAUAUGGAUCAAACUUUGGUGUUGGGGCUCGCAGAAAGUUCUGAUAGUCAUGUAACAGCAUCAGCUGUAAUAGAUAAAUUUGAUUGGACUAAAGAUCGUACAGAUGCUGCAUUUCGUCAUUUAAUACAAGAAGGUAUUGCAUGGGUUGAUGAUUUGGAUCCUUGUGGUGAAAGAGUAUUGUGGUUUCCUAGUCUAAUGGGCUCAAUAACCACAUCAUAA